ACGUGUCGUGAGGAAGUGAUGAGGAGAGAGAGAUGAAGGGAGGAAGGAGAUGAGAGAGGGAGGUCGAGAGACGUUGCUAGGUGACGGAGCGUACAUACUGAAUUUUAACAAAAUCACAGGAGAGGAGAGAGUGAGUGAGAGGGACAGAGAGGUAGCAGCCAGCAACAUGUAGCCUCGCUGAGUGGAGGAAAGGUCCAAACUGUGUGCGCGCCUGAUUCCUUGCCUUGUUUUUUUUUUCUUUUCUUUUCUGGGGAGACAACAUGUUUCCGUUUCAUCCUGGGGACAUUAUCCUGCAACAUUAGUAUUGAUCCGGCUGCAUGCCGCAGGAAAUGUCCAGCGGAGGGAUGGACAGAUGGAUUUUGGUGCACGGAGAGAAGAACUGGAGAGCAAAAAGAGAAGAGGAAGAAGAGGAGGAAGAGUGUGGGGCUGCUGAGAACAGGUCUCCGCUCCAUAUCAGGUGAAGCACUGUAGGCUGCCAGGCCCCUGCCACCAUUACCUUCCCUCCUCCUCAAGAGGCGUCAUCCUUUACACAGAAUCCCUCCACCCCACUUGGCCUCACCUGGCAAAACCCCAUCAUACAACCACCACUGGCCCCCCCUUUACCCCAUGGUGGCCCCAAGGCCCACCCUCUCACUACUACUGGCUAUCCUGGCCUGCACGGGGCCCGCACGCCCCUCGCCCCCCCUGCUGCUCCGGCCCCGGGAGAGAGAGAGGGACUCGGGUGGCAUCAACAUAGCCGUAGUCCACUCUGGCUCCUCCCUGCUCCCGGAGACGGCGGUGGUGGGAGGCGCGGGGGUUGGCGAGCCGGGUCUCGGGUCCGGUCUGGGAAACGGUCCGGGAGGAGGAGGCGGCGGAGGCGGUAGGGGGGUGACAGAUACAGCCUCACUUGCAGGAGUUGUGGCCAUGGCCUCUUUGUCCUCCUCAACAUACCUGUCGCUGGCAGCUCUUUCCACGGAGACUGUGAUGACACCAUCAGGUCAAGCAAACGUCAUCUACCUGGCAGUGAAUGAGAGCAGUCCAGGCACAUUGCUGCUGCAGCUGUGUGAGCUGCUGGCCACUACACCUCUACAGGGUUUGGUGUUUGAGGAGGAGAGACCACCCCCGCCAAACCGUGCCCCUCUAGCCCCGAUGCUGGAGUUUGUCUCCGCUCAGACUGGAGUUCCUGUUGUUGCUGUCGGGGGAGGAGCCAGUCUAGGCCGAGAGCCACAGGAGAGCGGCUCAAUCUACCUUCAGUUUACUUGCUCUACAAUGCUCCAACUUGAGGUAAUCUUCGAAGUCCUUGAAGAGUAUGACUGGACUUCGUUCUCUGUUGUCACCACCCGUCACCAUGGCUACGAGGACUUCCUGGCUAUGGUGGAGGGUAUGACAGAUGGCUCCUUCAUUGGCUGGGAAAGGAAGAGUGUGGUGGUUCUCAAUGUGACAGACGACCCCGGCGGGGCUCGCACCAAACGACUCCUCAAAGACAAUGAAGCCCAGGUCCGUCUGCUGUACUCCUCCAUGGAAGAGGCUGAGCUGAUUUUUCGGGCAGCCUGGGCAGCGGGUCAGGCUGGGCCGAGUCACAUGUGGUUUGUCGUUGGACCCGCCCUGUCUGGACUGGGAUUGGAGGGACUGCCAAAAGCCUUGUUUGCCAUCAGGCCUCAGGGCUGGAGGGACGAGCCACGCAGACGUAUUGCCAAGGGAGUUUCAGUGCUCACUCAUGGGGCGAUGGCUCUACGAAGGGACCAGGGGGCCAACAGUCGAGCCCAGUAUGCAGGGAACUGCCAGAGUGAUGGAAACCAGACCCACCGAGUGCCAGACAGGAUCAGGUAUUUCACCAACAUUUCCCUCAGUGGACGAGAUUAUUCCUUCAACAGCAAUGGAUACCUGUCCAAUCCCCUGAUCGAUGUCAUUUCCUACACCAACGGCAGAGGCUGGGAGGAGGUUGGCUGGUGGGAGAACGGACACCUGCGCCUGCGUUAUCAUCCUUGGUCUCGAUACGGCUCCUUCCUGAAGCCUCUGGACGAUGCUCAGCACCUCAGAGUGGUCACCCUGGAGGAGAGGCCCUUUGUCAUCGUGGAGCCUGCUGACCCUGGAACCAGCUCGUGCAUCCGGGACUCUGUUCCCUGUCGCUUGCCUAUUAAUUCCAGUUUGGUGUUGGACGGAGCUGCACCCAUGAAGCACUGCUGUAAAGGGUUUUGCAUUGAUGUUCUAAAGCGCUUGGCUAAGAUUGUAGGCUUCACCUAUGAUCUUUACCUAGUGACAAAUGGCAGACAUGGGAAAAACAUUAAUGGGGAGUGGAACGGCAUGGUUGGAGAGGUUGUAUCCAACAGGGCUGACAUGGCCAUAGGUUCCCUCACCAUUAAUGAGGAGAGGUCAGAGGUCGUGGAGUUCUCUGUUCCUUUCGUGGAAACCGGCAUCAGUGUCAUGGUUUCUCGAAGUAACGGCACUGUGUCCCCUUCUGCUUUUCUUGAGCCCUACAGCCCGGCGGUGUGGGUGAUGAUGUUUGUGAUGUGCCUGUCAGUGGUGGCUGUCACCGUCUUCAUCUUUGAGUUCUUCAGCCCCGUGGGAUACAACCGUAGCCUGCAGAGCGCCAAGAAAUCGGGGGGAUCCAAGUUCACCAUUGGUAAAUCUGUUUGGCUGCUCUGGGCGCUGGUUUUUAACAACUCUGUUCCUGUAGAAAAUCCCAGAGGAACAACCAGCAAGAUCAUGGUGCUGGUUUGGGCCUUCUUUGCUGUCAUUUUCUUGGCCUCCUACACUGCCAACCUGGCUGCCUUCAUGAUCCAGGAGGAGUACAUUGACACAGUGUCAGGGCUGUCUGAUAAGAAGUUUCAGCACCCGACAGAGCAGUAUCCACCACUGCGCUUUGGUACAGUGCCGAAUGGGAGCACCGAGGAAAACAUCCGCUCCAACUAUCCCAGCAUGCACCAGUAUAUGAUCCGCAACAACCAGAAAGGUGUGGAGGAGGCCAUUGACAACCUAAAGUCGGGAAAACUAGAUGCCUUUAUUUAUGAUGCUGCUGUGCUGAACUAUAUGGCCAGGAAGGACGAGGGCUGCAAGGUGAUGACCAUUGGGUCUGGGAAAGUGUUUGCUACCACAGGCUAUGGCAUUGCCCUGCACAAGAAUUCUCGCUGGAAACGACCAUUGGACCUGGCUCUGCUGCAAUUAGUUGGCGAUGAUGAGAUUGAUAUGCUGGAGCGCCUCUGGCUGUCUGGAAUUUGCCACAAUGAUAAGAUUGAGGUGAUGAGCAGUAAGCUGGACAUUGACAACAUGGCAGGGGUAUUCUACAUGCUGCUAGUGGCCAUGGGCCUCAGUCUGCUGGUGUUUGCCUGGGAGCAUUUGGUGUACUGGAAACUAAGGCAUUGUGUCAAAAGGUCUGGAGGGAUGGACUUUCUCCUGGCUCUUAGCAGGGGCAUGUACAGUUGCUGCCAGUUUGAGGAUGAAAUAGCACCGGGAGGGAGCAAAAGCUCUUUGCCUCAAUACCACUCUGUUACUACUAUCCCCAGUGUCACCCAACAACACCUUGUUACAGCCACAGUGAACAACACAACCGCUAUCGCCAUGGUGCAACAGCAACAGCAACAACAGCAGAAGCACCACCAACAGCAGCAAGGGCAGACCUAUACAACUAUGUUACCUGGAUCACCAGCAGCUACAGGACAUUCAGCAAUGGCUUUGGGUCCUUCCAAUAGCCCUUUAUUGGAAGGUCCCAUGCCUUGCUCCACCUUCCUGCCUCGUCAUGACCGCAGAUUGGCUGUGGUUGAUCGCUGGAACAGGCCAAAGCCAGAAAAAAUCAUGAGUGGUAGCAGCAGUGGAGGAGUGGGUGUUGGUGGAAUUGCAGGUGGCAUCACUGAACUGCAAGCACAGCAGCAGUAUCAACAGAAUCUUGGAACACAUUGGAGCCUCCAGGUAGGGGUUCCUGGUGGAGGUGACACAGGGCUAGAUGAAUAUAAGCGCUACUAUGGUCCAAUAGACCCAGAGGGGCUAGGGGCUAACUUGGACCAACAAGUAGGAGGUCCUCAACAGACUACCAAAGCCAAUUCUCGGGGUUUUAAAGCCCCGGGGAUGCCACGGCUGCCUCCAAAAGGCUCUCAACAAGGACACCCAAUUCCCAAGCCUCCUCCUCCACUCCCAUCUUCUCCAAGAAGGCCUCCCUUUUGGCGACGAGGAAGCCUUGCUCAGGCAAUAAGAAAAGGCUCAGGAGGUCCACUUUAUGAGAAUAUACUCCCUCUAGGGAGACGUGGAGGUGGAAGGUAUGGGGCAGGUGAUGGAAUUGGUAGGCGAGGACGCAGACCUCCUCCACCUCCUCCACUUCCUGUGCACCUCUCUUCCCCUACACAUACCCCUACUACUCCGUCGUCUCCAUGCCGUUUCUACUCAUCUUGCACCAGUGCCUCGUCUUCUUCCUCUUCGUCGUCUUCAUCCUCAUCAUCUUCUUCAUCCUCUGGAUCACUUUCUCGAUCAAAUUCCCCUUCAUCAUGCUCCAGUGACAGCUCCUACAACUCCUCACUCAGUUUCCGGUACAGAGCAGGAGAUCGUGAUAUUAUGAUGGAUGAUGAUUAUGACUCAGAUCUUCUUACUGAGGAAUCUAGCCUUCUUCUUGGGUCACGGAAGAAAAUUCGCUCCCGGAGGAUGUCAUCGCGCUCAUUACCAUGUAGUCCACCACCUCCUCCAGUCCCUCCCCGAAAACCACAUCCACAGAGAAAUUUUGGAAGAGAGAGAACCAGCAGUCAACUAGCGCAAUUGCAGGAGUGGUGGGCAUCAUGGGGUGACAGAGAACGAGCGAGAGGAGGGACAUCAAACAAAGAUGGAGCAGUGAGUAGAGAUGAGAAAAGACAUCACAAAGAGAGAGAGCGGGAGAGAAAAAGGAGAAAGAAAGGACGAAAAAAGAAGAAACGAGAGGAAAGAGAGAGAGAAAGGGAGCGUAAACACCGCAAAGCAAAGAAGAAGAGGAAGAAAGAGGAUAAGACGAGAAAAAGAGAGCGAAAGAGGGCAGAUCAAGAUGUUGGAGAUUCAGAAAAACGGGAGGAAGUCAAAUCAGCAACACCAGAUUUCCCAGCUUACCCACCAUUGAGGCGGGAAUCAUUUCGGAAAAAGAGUGAAAGCUCCAUCAGAAGCUAUGGAUGGAACAUCCCUGGCGAAGAUGAAAGGAAGGAUAGAGAUGAGAAAGAGAGAGAUGAUGGAGAAGAGAGUAGAGGAAAAGACAGACAUCACAGGAGAAGGAACAGCAAGAACCAUCAUAGCUCUAGUAAGGCUUCUACAUCUGUCAAGUUCUGGCAAGGAGGUAAUCCAUCUUCUGAUGCCAUACCAUCUGCCUUUCUGCCCUUGUUACCGGUAUCUUCUAAAAGAAGGAAAAGCAAAAGCUCAGACAGAGAUGCUGUGGGCAUAGAGGGAGAAAGGAGGCCACUGCUGGGAAGGAACGAAAGAGGUGAAAUGCAUUCCAAGGAAGGAUUGUCUUUUCAUGAGUGGGAAUCUGAAGUAGAGGAUGAGGAGGAAAAUUCUGAGUCAGACAGGAGAAAAGUAGAACGUGGAAAAAGGCAUAGAGGGGGUAGGACAAUAUCUGAAGAGGAGCGUGAACGUGAUAAGGUAGUUGGGAUAUACUCUGAUGACGAUGGGUCUUCAGGAGAAUUCGGGAAGUUUGAGAGGUACUGGGAGGAUCACGAAGGUAGGGCGGUGGGAGGAAUUGGAGGAGGGGGUUGGUUUUUUAGCACAUAUCCUUCUAGGGAUAAAGCAGGCAGUGUCAACAGCCGAGAUGACCUCUUCCAAGAGCGAGGAGAAAGAUGGGGAACAGCAGAGAGUGGUUGGGGAUCUAGUGCAGGUGGGGGUGGUAGAGGAGAGAGAGACUGGGGAUCAGGUUCACACUGGCCUCCGCCUCCUCUCACCCCACCACCACCCCGUCGAUACUGGUCAGUAGACAAGCUUCACAUACAAGAUGAGAAGAAAAGUAAGCGCAAGUCCAAGGACAAAAGUAGGGGGCACACUGCUUGCUCCUCCUGUCAUUCACCUCGACACCAUCCACAUUCUUCUAAAUGGGCUCGUGUGACUUCACGAAGCCAGGAAGAGCUGUACCACCACUGCCAGAGUUUUGGUGGUCCCUUGAAACCAAAACACGACUCCUCAUCAUCAUCCAAACCUGAUCGAUCACACAAUCUUUCUAAAUUUGGUAGCCAGUUAAACUUAAGCAUCCAGCAAAGGACACAAAGAACAGAAAAGGAUAGAGAUCGAGGACGACAACCGUCCCCGCCUUCAUCUCUUGUAUCAAACUUGCCAUCACAGCUCCCAGCCCUUCCAGCUCCUCCGUCCUCAUCUCACUCAAUUCAUGCUCCUCUCCCUACCUCCUCCUCAUCUGUAUCCUCUCCCUCAGUGGUUUCAUCUGCACCGGGAGCAAUCCAGGCCUCUUCAAUGGCUUCGGCAAGUGCCAAACUGCAGUACCAGAGACUGCGCUCUGUACCCCAGCCCCAGAGAUUUCCUCAGUCUCCUCACUUACCCCUAAAAGCCAAGAGCCUUUGCUCGCGAAGGGGCUCAGCUCAUUUCUCCAGUGUGGAGAGUGAAGUGUGAAUCUAAGCAAGACAACAAAAGCUCUAUGAAUAUCCUGCAAAGUUGACAUAAAAAAGAGAAAGUGCAAGUAUGGGUGUGUAGCUUAGUCAGUUCAGCUCUGAGCCCAUUCCUUAAUGUUCUGCACAAAUGAACAAAUAAACCAGAAAGCCAAACAGAGCCAGUGGAGUAGGUCAAGAGAACACAGGACCAUUUUUUCUUACCUUGCCUCUUUAAAAUUCUCUCACCCUGUGAAAGACAACAACAGCAUUGACUCUCUGAAUAAUGCUAAACAUUAGAGUAAUCUGACAUGGAAAGCAUCACUAAUACAGAAGGCAUAUUUGCUGUUAUAAGUAAAGGACUUUGAAAAGAUAAAGCAGUGAAGUAGUCAGUGCAUUCAGAGAAAUCUCAAUACUUUCUGAGGGCUCAGAAACUUUAUAGUACUGUAUGCCCACUGCUCUCAGAAGCCUUUAACACUGAACACUGUUCUUAUUUUUUUCCUUUUAAAUAAAUUGCUUACCUUGAUUUUUUUUCCCAAGCAAACUGUUUACACUCCCGCAGAACUGUGACAGCCACCUAAAGUAUCUUUGUUGCGUGAUCAAUGCCUUCUUGUUAAGAGGGACAGGAGGGUGUUUACCACCUGUUUUUUUUCUUUUUCUUUGCUUUUGUUUUCCUCCAACUUUAUUACCUCGUUCCCCUGAUCCUUUUUUUUCAUUUUCAGUUUCUAUAUUUUUUUUACUUUCUGUUCUUCACAUACCAGUCUUUUUUCAGCUCUCUCGCCAGCUCCUCUCCUGUUCUCUCCUCUUGCCUCCUCUCUUUGAUGUGAUUAUUCUGUGUGUCUGUGCUUUUCUGUGUUUGUAUUCUUGACAACAGGGUAAGUCAGCUGUGACUGAUAUUCUUCUGGCUUAAUGAAAAGCUGAGUGCCAAACUUAAGUAGAGCUCAACAUCAACAUGUAUAAUGUUUCCAGCUGUGUUUCCUUUUAUCUUGCAGAAUAUUACAUCACCUCCAAUACAGUAUGUGCUCACAGUAAUUCAAACAAACACACGUGCAUACACACGCCCAUACAACCCCACAAAUGCUUAAACACAUUUAAGAACACAAGCACAUUUCCAAGUCAAGUUAUCUACUCUCCUUCUUGAGCAAUACAUUAUACCAUAUUUGUUAUUGUUAAAGCUUUAUACUUAAAUACCAUUUCUUUACUUCUGUGUCAUAGUUGUUGUUGCUAUUGAUGGUGUUUUAAAUGUCAAGACAUGUAUUAAAUCUAAUACAAUGUAAUCACUGUGCCAUGCUACUCUAGCUUGGGUACACAUAAAAUGUUCUCACAACUACCUAACUAUAAAACUGGAGGCAGUUUCUGUUCCCUGCCUGUUUUUCGACUGAAUGUAAAGUCAGCCGCCGACAUGUGUGCUGCACCAUUUACUGUAAGACACUUGAAGGUGGAACUUGUAGCACUUCAGAGGGUCUACAUGCAUGGUAAAGAAACAGAUAUAAUGUUGAUCUGGGUUACUGUUGACAAAGCGGGGUGAGCAACAUUAUGUGAAUCUUUUGGAGUUCUAAAGAAUUAGAGCUGCCAUUGAUUGGAAUGGCAUUGUCUUUUUUUCUUGUUAGUUUGUUUUCUAUUUUUUGUUGGCUUUAUUUUAUUCUUCAAGUUAGUGCCAAGGCUAGAGAACAAAAAAAUUAUUUUAAAAGCUUAUUAAACCACUUUUGCUUGCCAUCAACCAAAAGACAUGUAGUUAAGCAGCUUGUUGGUGAUUUACAGGUUGUUUCACUUUCUAGCCUUAUGCUAAUUGCGCCUGUCAAGUAUGAGUAAGAAGAUAUGUUAAUGUAUUAUCAGAAAGUUAUUUAUUUACCUAGGAGUACAUUUAGUGCCAGAGCCGUUUUGAUGUCACAGGGAAGAUGCUUGUGAUGUGAUAAGUGUUGGAUCUAAAUAAGAGUAUAUGGAAGACACAAUGGAAUAUAUUGUGAUAUUUUGUUAAAAAUAUUAAAAAGCAUUUCUCAUCUUGUAAAUGUGUGAUUAUAAGACAUAGCUUUUUAUCCAUGGCAUGGCUGACACAGUUACAACAAAUUUUAGAUUCAGUUUAUUCAAAAUUAGGUUAAGAGUUUUUUUAAACCAGAGGCUAGGCAUCAGUGAAGCGGUAGGAAAAUGACAAAGGUUUUAUUAGUUGCUGAAACAUCCUGAGCCAUCUAUCCCUAAAACUCUGGUCAGCUCAUGUUGAUCGCCUGGAACUGCAUCUGAGCCAUAAUUUAAUUUAACUGAAGAAAACAAAACAGAGACUAGCUUUUUAAUAUAGAUUUUGCAUUAUAGAGUUUGUCUUAUUUUCAUUGAGAUAAAAUUAUUUAUAUUUCAUAUAUGUAAAUAUAACUACCAUCAUAAAAAAUGUAAGAUAUUUAAAAGGUUUCAUCUGUUUAAAUAAUAAAAUGUCUCAAAUGAAACCAUACUAAACAGAUACAGUAGAAUGAAAUUCACACACGUAAAAACAGUGAGCCAUCUUUGCUUUGCAUAUUACAAUCAACAGCCUUUUGAUAAACUAAACAAACAUGGGGGGGCAUGCCUCUAUGCCAGGGGUGCCCAAAGUCAGUCCUCGAGGGCUGGCAUCCUGCACGCUUCCGUUUUCUCCCUGGUGAUAGUAACAACCUUUUCAGCAUGUCAAUGUUCUUCUUAGGCCUUCUAACGAGCCAUCAUUGGAUCCAGGUGCGUUAAACCAGGGACAGAACUAAAACAUGCAGGAUGCCGGCCCUCGAGGACUGACUUUGGGCACCCCUGCUCUAUGCAUUCACAAACCAAGCAACCUAAAUUUGAGUCCAAACUAUUUGACUUGAUGUGUGUGAAGGCUGUCGCAAAAAACUUUAAUGUUAGUCAGCAUUAAAGAUAUGUAAUUAUACAGGUCAGUUGCACAACAGCUAGUAGUGGUCUGAACAUAAAGCUUGAGUGUUUGCUUAAAAAAAAAAAGACCAUCAAUCUUUCCCUUUUUCCUCUUCUUGCCUCUAUUUCCCUUAUGUCUAUCCAUUGUGCUUGUAUCUGUCUGCAAUUGUAAAGCUGGUAUGAUUUUUUUUUUAUAAAAGCAUCUAUUGAUAUAUUUAUUUAAUCUUGAAAAAACCCAUUUCUCUCUAUGUAUAUAAUAAUAUAUUUCAAAACUCUAUUAUCUGUUAUAUAAGUUUGUUUACUAAAUUCAUGGUAUUAUCUUGAAAAUGUCUUUUUUGUCUGUGUCUCUCCUUGUCUCAGACCUACUGCCCAGCUCCCUCACCCCCAGUGAAAACAGAGACCAGUAUGUAACUGUGUUUUUGCUCACCUAAGACCAACCAUCCGCCUACAUUAGCUAUUUACCAUAGCUAGUGCAAAGAGCUGAACAUAUAGUGACAACAAGGAGGGGAACACGAGUGUCUUAAGACCACGUCACUGUAGCAGUGAUGGUGUGUGUUUGUCUACCCAGAGGGGCCUUCAUUUCUUUGGUUUGGGCAACAGAUAGAGAACUAACUAAAUAUUUUAACGAUCCAGCAGCUUUUACCACAACUUUCAUAAGUGAAAGGGUCCUAUUCUUGACCCUUGGUUUCAGUUCAUUGCAUUUGUGAGUUAACACCACUUGAUCUCUCUUAAAUACAAUGUAGUGAGCAGCACAAAUUUUACUUUGUUACUUCUUACUAAACAUGUGUUGCAUAUCUGUCAAGCUGCUGUGCUGAACAACAAAAAAUACAAACAAAAAUUGUAUAUUUCUUAAGUAAACUGUAUUUUCUGAAUACAGAACUGCUAUAUCUGAUUUUGACGCCUGUGAGAAGAGCUAAACUCCUGUUUAUUACUACUUUGGCAAAAAGGGGCUGAUCAAAGGCUUUCAUGAACACAGGUGCAUCAAAAAAUAUUUAUAUUAUGAAAAAGGUGAAUAUUUUCUGCCACUCAUUUCAGAAAGUGAAACUUGUACAGUUUCAUUACACAUAGAGUAGAAGAUUUAUUUCUUGUAAUUUAGAUGAGUAUGACUUACAGAUGAUAAAUAUCCCAAGUUCAGUGUCAGGAAAUGUCAGGUUUCUGAAAGCAUAUAUUAAUUUCUACCCAUUCAAUAGUUUCCUGGGGCUUGUUUUGCAUGAAUAACUGCUUGGAGACUAUUAGCCUGUCACACUGUUGGAGGGUAAUGGAAGCCCUGGUUUCUUUGAUGGUGCCCUUCAGAUUAUCUGUUUUUUUGGGGGGAUUUUUUCUCUCUCAUCUUCCCCUGGCCAAUACUUCAUGGAGUCCCUGUGGGGUUCAAGUCAGGUCAGAUUGUGGGCCAAUCCAGCCCCGUAACACUGUGGUCACUGAAUCAGCUUUUGGUACUUUUGACACUAUGGGCAUGUGCCAAGUCCUGGUGGAAAUUGAAAUUAGAUUCCAUAAAUCUUGAGAUCAGAAGAAGUGUGAAGUGCUUUAAAAUGUCCCAUUAGAUGGCUGCAGGCUUCAGAUAAUGCAGUGGAUCAACAUCAACAGGUGACAUGAAAUGUGGAUUCUGUACCUCUCCACUCAUCCUCCAACCUCUAAUUUCUAAAGAAGCAAAAACUGUAUUUCAUCUGAAAAGAGGACAGUAGAGCAGCAGUCCAGUUCUUGUUCUUUUUAGUCAAGGUGAGACCUGAGACCUGUGUUUCAGGAGGUGCAUGACACAAGAAAUGCAUUAUUAUCAUUCCUUUCAAGAGACUGUGCAUAGUGCCUCAUUUUAUAGCCUUGGUCUGUUCUUUGUGCAGCUCACCUAAAUUCUUGAAAAAAUGUUGCAUGAUUUUCCUCUCAAGAAUGUGGUGCACUACUUUGCACCACAUUUUGUCCUUCCAUGCAACCUUGCUUGGAAAUAGGACUCUGAAAAAACAGCUUCCUUAGCAACGACCUUUUAUGAUUUACCCUCCUUGUGGAGAAUGUCAAUGGCUGUUUCUGCACAUUUGCUGAGUCAAACAUUCUUCCUCUUUUUUGUGUAGCCUACUGACCCAGAGUGAAAAACCAUUUAGAGGUUUUGUGUUAAUUAGCUGAUGUAAAAAUGAAUUUUUAAUAUUUAACUUUUUUUUUGCGAUACUCUAAUCAUCUUAGACACUGAACUUUGGGGGUUUCUUUAGAUGCAAGUCAUAGUCAUCAAUAUGAUCAUGAAUAAAGACCUGAUAUAUUUUACUCUGUGUUAUUAAUCAAUGUAACACGUUUCAUUUUCAGAAAAGUGAUUUUUUUUUAAAUUUUACUUACCUGUAGACUGGUUUGGUAAUGUUUUGCUUCAUAUCUAAUAGUAUAAACAGUAUAAUAUCCCAUGCUGUCAAGAACAAGUUGGCAGCAAUUACUGUCUUUUCCAUGUUAUAAUAUUUGAUCCUAUCAUUAUCAGCAUUGUUGGCCUGCUUAUGACUUUUUACUCCAUUGAUUACUGCUUUUGUGCCAUGGUGCCAUUUACAAUUAUCCAUUCUUCCCUAAAGUACUGAAGGCAGUAUUUAGUUUAUUAAAAUCCAAACACAUCCCCAAAACAUCAACGAAUUUAACAUGCAAGAGCAGUAAAAAUGUAUGUCUAUCAUCGGUUGCAAAAAACAAAAAAAAUAAAUAAUUUCUGACUCAACACGUCUUGAAUCAUAGCAAUUUUAGAACAGAUACAUUUGUAAAAAUCUGCAGCGCGGGCUAAAACAUUUCUUCAAAGUAUGCCUUAAACCCAACAGUAAAUAGGCCAUUUUGGAUCUAAGCUGCCAUUUUGAAGGUUUUACACAUGUGGUACUUUGACAAAUGCCUCCUGAGGACUUUCACAUAUCAGCUUUAAAUGUGCUUCAGUACAUUCCUAAGACAUAUUUUUCUUGGACUGAAUAAAAUCUAACACACCCUAAUUUAUAUUAAAUAUGAAGUCCAAGGAAAAAUUACUUCCUAUACAUUGUCAAUGACAAGCCCUACUUUCAUAACUCUACAUAUUGGUGACGGUAUAUGCAAUUCUGAAUUACGGAGAUUGAUUCGGAAUUGCUGACAGUACAUUUGUGGAUGCAGACUUAAAUUUUUAGUUUUAAUGAAGUUGGAAUUUUUUUAGUUCCCCAUUUUUCUUUUCCCAUUACAGUUGCCAUUUUACAGAAUACAUGUUUGAGAAGAGUAACUGAAGAUAUGAUAAAUGUCAAGUUGAAAAUUUUGUUUAGGAUUAUGUGAAGCUAAGUUUCAGCCUGCACUGGAAGCACAUCUGCGAUUUUUGCUCAGCUGCCUCUCAACAUUGUCUUAAGGUCUUGUAUUACUACUGCUGUAAUGACUGACUGUAUGAGGGAACUGGCUGUUCUGUGUUUUGUGCCAGCACAUCACACAGGCAGGCAAACAAACAUGAAAAAUCACAUGAGAAUCACAGAUUCAUUCACAGGUGUGGUAAAAUGCUGCCACCACUGCUUUAGCCACAUAUUCCAAACAGUGGGGACAAUGACAACAUUGUGCUGUAAUGCAAGUGGGACAAAAAUAAAAAAGAUGAUUUUAAUAAAAACA